CUCUUCUCCUCCACCUCCUCUCGUCGUCGUCUCAAUUUCUUCCUCACUUCGUUCUUCACGUCUCGAGAAAAAUGGGAAGCCAACAAGCAGCGGUUUCGUUCCUCUCCAACCUAGCGAAGGCGGCUUUCGGCCUUGGAACGGCGGCGACGGUGCUGAACACGUCGCUGUACACCGUUGACGGCGGAGAGAGAGCUGUGAUCUUCGAUCGAUUCAGAGGAGUCAUGGAUCAAACCGUCGGCGAAGGGACUCACUUCCUGAUCCCGAUUCUACAGAAGCCCCACAUCUUCGACAUCCGCACGAAGCCUCACACGUUCUCUUCCAUCUCCGGUACGAAGGAUCUUCAGAUGGUCAAUCUCACCCUCCGUGUUCUCUCUCGCCCUGAGGUUGUGCGUCUGCCAUACAUAUUCCAAACAUUGGGUCUAGAGUACGACGAGAAGGUUCUUCCUUCGAUUGGAAACGAGGUUUUGAAAGCCGUGGUUGCACAGUUCAACGCUGACCAGCUCCUCACGGAGCGUCCUCACGUCUCGGCGCUUGUUCGCGAAUCGUUAAUCAAACGUGCCAAAGACUUCAACAUUGUGCUCGACGAUGUUGCAAUCACGCACUUGUCGUACGGUUACGAGUUCUCGAAGGCUGUUGAGCAGAAACAGGUGGCGCAGCAGGAGGCGGAGAGGUCUAAGUUUGUGGUGAUGAAGGCUGAUCAGGAGAGGAGGGCUGCGGUUAUAAGAGCUGAAGGUGAGAGCGAAGCUGCGCAGCUGAUCUCUGACGCUACGGCUAAAGCUGGUAUGGGACUUAUCGAGCUUAGGAGGAUUGAGGCUUCGAGGGAGGUUGCAGCUACGCUUGCUAGAUCUCCUAAUGUGGCUUACUUGCCCGGUGGCCAGAGCAUGCUCUUUUCCCUGAACCGUUGAUCAGAACUAAAUGAGGUUAUGGGGAAACUGUGAAGAAAUGGUGAAAUGCUCUUUGGUUUUCUGAUAAACUGUGAAGAAAAAAGAAGAAACUAGUUGCUGGGCCAAAAUGCUCUUUGAAUUCUAUAACACUUGCGUUGUUUGAGAUCUAUCUUAUUUCAAUAAAUAAACACAAGACUGUCUAAAUUCACAAAUACUAAGUUGAUGUAAGAGUUAGUUUUGAGGAUACGUAGUGGAGUGAAGCCACAUGUUUGAUCA